CUGGCGGCUGCUCCGGCCACCGCCGAGCUUCCUGCUUCCCAGAAGGUGCCGGCGCCGCGGCAACAGGAACUGAGGCUGGGAGGAGGCGGUGCCGCCGCUCCCCGCCGCGCUCACGGCCCGAGCCGGGGGAGCGGAGCAGCCAUGGGCCCCCGCCAGCAGCCGCUGUAACCUCCCCCUCCCCCGGGGCCGGCGCGUCCCUGCUUUCCCUGCCGGCCGGGCGAGGUGUUUCCCCGCGGGGGCGCGGACCGGCCGCCCGGGGCCCGAGAUGUGACCAUGGACAGCAGGAUCAAGGAAAAUCCAGAAAGUACGUUUGAUUUGGUACUCAAGGUAAAAUGCCAGGCUUCUGAAAAUGAAGAUCCGGUGGUACUGUGGAAGUUCCCGGAGGACUUCGGAGACCAGGAGGUGCUGCAGAGUGUGCCGAAGUUCUGCUUUCCUUUUGACAUUGAAAGGGUGUCCCAAAAUCAAGUAGGACAGCACUUUACCUUUGUGCUUACAGACAUUGAAAGUAAACAAAAGUUUGGAUUUUGCCGGUUAACAUCAGGAGGCAAAAUCUGCCUCUGUAUUGUAAGUUACCUGCCAUGGUUUGAGGUAUACUACAAGUUGUUAAAUACUCUGGCAGAUUAUUUGGCUAAAGAACAGGAAAAUGACUUGAAUGAUAUGUUAAAAUCACUGUAUAGCCACCCUGUGCCAAAGGCAAACACUCCUGUCAGUUUAAACGUGAAUCAAGAGAUGUUUUUUGCCAGUGAGCAAGUUCUGAAAAAUCAGCCGUACCUAGUAUCGCAUUCGUACUUCAUUACUCCUGAUCUAACUGGAUUGCCAACAAUCCCAGAAAGUAGAAAUCUUACUGAAUAUUUUGUUGCUGUGGAUGUGAACAACAUGAUGCAACUUUAUGCCAGUAUGUUGCAUGAGAGACGAAUCAUUAUUACCUCUAGCAAACUAAGCACUUUAACUGCUUGUGUUCAUGGGUCAGCUGCAUUGUUAUAUCCAAUGUAUUGGCAACACAUAUACAUCCCAGUGCUUCCUCCACACCUUCUGGACUACUGCUGUGCACCGAUGCCAUAUCUAAUUGGAGUCCACUUAAGCUUAAUAGAAAGAGUAAAAAAUAGAUCACUGGAGGAUGUGGUUAUGCUAAAUGUUGACACAAACACUCUAGAAAACCCAUUUAAUGACCUGAACAACCUACCUAGUGAAGUGGUCUCAGCCUUGAAAAAUAAACUGAAGAAGCAGUCUACAGCUACGGGUGAUGGAGUAGCUAGGGCCUUCCUUAGGACACAGGCAGCAUUGUUUGGAUCCUACAGAGAUGCACUAAGAUACAAACCUGGAGAGCCUAUCACUUUCUGUGAGGACAGUUUUGUGAAGCAUCGUUCCAGUACUACCAAACAGUUCCUGGAAACUGCAGUGAAUCUUCAACUUUUUAAACAGUUUAUUGAUGGUCGACUAGCAAAGCUAAAUGCAGGAAGAGGGUUCUCGGAUGCUUUUGAAGAAGAGAUCACUUCUGGAGGCUUCUGUAGAGGAAAUUCAAGAUCUUAUCAGCAGUGGGUGCAUACAGUAAAGAAAGGAGGUGCACUAAUCAACACAGCCAUGACCAAAGCCAGCCCUGCUGUGAAGACAGCAUACAAAUUUGCAAAAAGUCAUGCAAAGCAGGGAAUAAAAGAAGUGAGGAGUAAGUUAAAACACAAGGAGAGUGAUGAAGAAUAUGGAACUUGUAGCUCUGGUGUACUACAGUGUGCGCCAGUGUACACCUUACACAAUCAGAAAAGAGGAAACUCAGAAAAACGAAGACUUGCCCAGACGCGUUUCAACCAACAUCUUACCAAUGUCAGCAAUCAUGAUUCUGCACUGGAUGACGAUGACGAUGAUGAAAUGGACAGAACAAGCAAGUUAUCGUCUGAAGACAGCGAGGAAGCCUCCGCUUAUUUUUAUGAUAGUGAUGAUUCUGGUGAAACAGGAGUAAAGUCUUAUCACACAGGAGAAAUGGACUUGCUGGGAGAGAUUUUGGACUCGCUGAGCACACACAGUUCAGAUCAAGGAAAGCUCUCAGGAGCAAAGAGCCUGGAUUUCUUUAGAUCAACGGACGAUAUUGAUUAUAAGGCUAUGAACAAGUCUAGUGCACCUAGUGAGAGCAACCUCGCUCUGCUCUGUAGUGGUACUAAUGAUCCAGUGGAGUGGAAUCUGGGUCAGGAUGAUAGUGUUCUCCAGGGGAAACAGCUCCCUCCAUCGCCAAGAAAGCAAGUUGAUUUUAGUGACCAGAUGGAAUCUGUCUCUGUGCUGCAGGAGGAAAAUAGUGACAAAAUCCUUAGUGCUGACCAUGUGGAUUUCUCUAAAGAUUUUGUGAAGUCAACUUCUCCAACACGAUCAGUUGCACAGCUUGCUUCUCUGGAAUUUUCCCAAGUAGAUGACUCCUUCCAUAGGAAGAUAAAACCGAAUGAAACACUAAGCAAUACCUCAGAGGAUCAGCUCCCAGUGAACCUUUGUCAACAUCCAUCCAUUCUAAUUCCUUGGCAAAAAGAAGGGGAUGAAGGAAAGGAAACCCCAGAAGAAAGCGGGCUUCUUCAUGAAGUUGUGUCAUUAUGUAAAAUGACCUCUGCUUUCCACCACAGUUUAAACAUUUCAGAGGAUAAUUACUCCAGUAAUAGCAGUGGAAAUAAAGUGUAAGGGAACUUUGAGAGGAGAAACUACUUCCAUGAGAGGUUAAAGAGAGACUACUCAGGAGUCCACGUAAUACAUGAUAACCAAAAGAUCACAAAGGAAUAAUUACUUUUACAUUUUAAAAUACUUCUGUUUGUUUAGUACAUGGAUUUAGACAUCUGCUUAUAUGUUUCUCAGUUAAUUUCUUGGCUGUGUUUAAGUCCACAAGAUGGAACUAAAUAUACUAAUGCACUCUUAAAUCAGGUACUAGUUUGUAUGUAUGUGAAAUAUACAACUGGUGCAUGGUGCUUACUAAUGUUCCUUUGUGCAGCAGGAAGUGUAUCGCCUUUGCAUAUAUCCAGGUACUGAAGGUACUGUAUUAAUCCUGUUGGGCAUGAAAUGAACAAAAACAGUUUAGAUUUGUCUGAAACUUACAAAUAUCGAUGUUUGUAAUGAUUUAAUUGCCUUAAUCAUUUGGGAAAAGGUUUAAAUAUCUUAGAAGAUGACUUGCAAACAUUCAGAAGAGCAAUAAUGAUUUUCCAUGGCAGGUAUCUGCUUGAGCAAAGGGGAAAAAGACCUUUUCUAAACUAAAGGAUCUCUUGUGACUAAUAGGGAGCUUGUUAUAAACAGAAACUGUGGCCAUGUCUUCCAGACCUUGAAAAGGCGGUGCAUACUUUUCUCUUAUGAAGUGCUGAAUUACAAUGUGAAGUUACUUAACUUCUGUUUACAACUAAGGCACUUUAAAGACAUAUUAUCCAGUGUCUCAAUGGAGACGUUUUCAUCUAGGAAUUUUCAGAAAGGAAAGUGUACGUGAAAUUGAUAGAUUUUAUUGCUAUUUUUUAAAUUUCUACAAUUUAAUAAUUCUGUACUAAAAUUAAUUUGUGCCACUGCUGAACAUGACCAUUUGAUUUUUACAAGCCACCUUUAAAAGAAACAUUACAUUAUUGCUUUUCUUCUUUGGAGUUUUGUUUAGUUGAGCUGUGCAGUAUUUUAAAGAGCAGUGAAUGAAGAUUACUUAUAACACUAGACAUCAAAAGUAAUUGGUUCAGCAAUUAAGAAUGCAAAUACCCCACUCUCAUGUACCAGAGAAUCUUUUUGCAAUUACAAGGAAGGGAAUUAAAUGGAUGCUGCAUGUACUAUAUUUAGGCAUAAAUGUUUAUCCUCCUUCGAGAAGGUAGCAUUCCUAAAGGAUAUUUCUGUAUUUAAAUUUCAAAAAGUAGAUUCCUCCCUGAGUGGAGCACAUCUAUUCAUUGUCCUUGUCCACCCCUCUUUGUCCCAUACUCUCUGUGGAUCAGAACGAGUACAUUCUGGGGUGAACCACACUAGGCCAAAAAUGGCAACUUUGAAUACUGUCUAUUGGCAUGUGUAACCCAAAGCAAGGAAUAACAGGAUUUGUCAUUGCGAGGAAUGCUCUCCCACUCUUCCUCACCAACAGCAGGAAUCUUCUUCUGCGGCAAGGACGGCUUAGUGGUAUCCUCAGCACAGACCAAGGAGAGCAAGUUGAAGAAGUCAGGGGUUAGGGGCAGGUUGGGCUGCAGUACUUUGGUAGUGGAUCACUGCACAGGUUAACACCAGUUGUCACGUUUGGGUUUACAAAGGAAGUUUCCUCUUGGCUAAUGCGAUUUGGCUUUUCUUUUCCCGUUUUAUCACCAUGAGCAUCAGGCAAUCGGUUAUGUCAGGUGGCUCAAGGGAAUUGGUGUGUGAUCCCUUUGGGGAGGUUGGGGGGCGGUGGCUGAUGCUCUGCCCAUGAGAUCUAGUGUCUAAUACUAUCUUGUCAUUUCACAUAACUUUGUUGGCAACAUCCCUGGCAUUGUAAAAGAAGGUCUUGUAUCCCAAACUACAGAUUCCAGAUGGGUGAAAAGGAGCAGGGAGGCAGAUUUUAGCAACACCACUGGUGAGGAUGGGCCGCAUGACUGGGUAAUGGUAUGAGGCCCCUUCACCAAAGUGCCCCGUUUUACGUGCAAGGGAAAGGGUCGGGUUGUGGACUCACAAUUCAUAAUACAAUGUCCUUGGCUGAUUAGAACAUGAAAGUUUUUAUAGGUGUGUUCAGUAUAUAUUUCUGAAGAGGACCUCAGCAGCUUAUUGGUGCUGAGGAUGAUGGUAAGAUUUGCCUCCUGAUCUGUCUUAGAGUUUUCUGUAGUACCGAUCACCAUAGGAUCUGAGAUGCAAGUGGAGUCUUUAUUUGUGUUAUCCCAAAAAGUGGCACUUGGCAAAACUGUGUUUGAGUUACUGAGGACCAAAAUUAUUAUUAACCCAUAAACUAUUAAACAUUUUAGCUGGGUUAUCAGAUAUCAAGAAAUAGGAAGUGUCAGGUCUGAACAGUGUUUAAAUGGGGAGCUCGAAGGAAAACACAAGAUGUUGCAGGAGGUUGUACAGGGAAUCUGGAAGUGGCAUUUUUCUUUGUUGGUCCUGAAUCAGUACCCAAGUAGGUUAUGCUGUGCUGUUAGGUGGAUUUAGGAUAAGACGGGAAAAAGAAAAGUCCUAGCAAUCUCUUAGCACUUCUCGUUUGAUUGUUACUCUGAUAACACUAGAAAAAUGAAAUGUUCAGUUGGAUUCUUAUUUAUGUAACUGCAUUUUGCGAACCUUAAUUCCCAGAUUCAACUGAAUACAGUAUUCUUUUCCUGUUGGGUGGUGGUCCUGUGUACAGUCCCACUCUUGAGAAGGCUGCUUUCCUUUCCUAUGCAUCCGAAGAAGUGGGCUGUAGUCCACGAAAGCUUAUGCUCUAAUAAAUUUGUUAGUCUCUAAGGUGCCACAAGUACUCCUGUUCUUUUUGCGGAUACAGACUAGCACGGCUGCUACUCUGAAACCUGCUCUCCUUUGUAGGUUUAACAGGGUUGCCACUCUCUGGUAGUGUGCCUCCUUGUAUAUAGGUCAGGGAAAGUCGCUCUUGCUGCAUCGCAUGCCCCCUUGCUGCUCAUUGCUUGCUCUGCAAUAGCCCUUCUUCAAGUAACUUGGCCCUCCAGCUAGGUUACUAUUUAGUCCACCCCUUCCGGUGGACUUACAAAGUCCAAUAGGACAAUUGCCCAAAUGCUGUUGCCAGAUGCAUUCAGCCCUCCUCUGGCUCUGUGCCACUAUACCAGGGGAACCCGGACCCACCUGUUACACCAGGUUCCAGCUCAGGGACCUUAUAACCAGCAAUCCAGGUCUUCAUUCCCAUUCCCUGGCACUGUUUCCCCAGUCUCCUUCCUACCAAGCCUCUGUAUCUUCUCUUUCCUGGUUCUCGGUUUACUACUGGAGCCUACUGUACUUUCCGUGGCUACUUCACCCCUCCUAGCCUCUUGCCAGACUCCUUACACCAGGAAAGGAUCCCAGAGCUUACUCUCGCCCUGGACUUCCUCCUUGCUCCGGGAGACCUCCCUCCUCCCAGGGGAGCAACUGCGGACUCCUUUACCUGCAAGCUGCCUGCUGCUUUCAACCUCUUGGUUUUUUAGUGCUGGCCCAGCCCUCCCCCAAGCUGGGCUUCCCUCUCAAUUAACCCUGGCCCUCCUUCUCUCAGGUGAUGUCAGGUGACCUAAUUAGUGUCUCAGGCCCUCAUUCACCCUAUUAGGGCUGGUGUGGGGUGCACACCAUAUCGCAGUAGGUGAAGUGAAUUCUUGGGUAGGGCUAGGAGGAAUCAGAAUGAGCUAAUGUGAAAAGACAGGAAUAUACUAGGAUAAUAGGCACUAUGCACAUUUGUACAAUGUUAUAUUAAAUGCUUUUAUAUCUUAGAGAAUUAUCAGUUUCUGUCUUGGAGGAAAAAAUAAGGUUAUCAGAAAUUCUAGUCAUGUUUACUUUUAAAUCUAUAAAAGCAUCUUUCAGGAAUGCAGCAUGAGAUUUAAGGAUGGGGUUUUCAAAAACAUCUAAUGGACCAGCUUUCACUGACUUUUGAUAGGAGUUGGGCACCCGACUCCCUUAGGCACUUCAGUGGAGGAGAAUUUGUAGGCCAUACUGGGUUGCUAAUGUCCCUUUAAUGAUUAUUAGGAGUAUAGCACUGAAAAAAAUGAUUUGGGAAUUGUACAACAUUGAUGCCUUGAUGGGUUAUUGUUUUAUAAGUAAUAUUCAUGUCUCUGAUAAGUGAAAUUGCAGAAAUAGAAAGUUAAUAGAUGGCUGUUAAAAUUCAACUUUUUUAAUUAUUUUUGAUUGCAAUAGCCAUGAAUGUGUUAGGGUUGCCACACUAAUGUCAAAUCCUUCCCAUAUUGCUGAUGUGAUUCGUAGAAUGUUUACAAUAUUUUGACUAUUGUGUCUUCCUUCUUUUUGAACCUACAUACCUUAAAAUAUAGCCUCGUUGUCUAUGUCUGAUUAAUUUAAAUUUAGCCACAUUUUUAGAUUCUUUACCACUUGAUAUCAAAGGUCUUUUUGAAAGGCUAAUAUUGGUGCCUUAUUUAAACAUACAAAAUUACCAGGCAUCUUCCAUAUUAACAAUCAAAAAACCAGUUAACCAUGCCAAAUUUAUCAAAUAGAGUAGCAACUCUAGCUCCAGCCAACACAGCUCUACUCUGUUCUUAGUGCAGUAUCAGUCUGUCUGUAGGCCAUGUCUACAGUAUUUUGAUUAUCAUAGAGAGUCCGAUGGUAAGAAAAAUUGUCCAUGUCAAGGAUUUUACAAGUUUUCAACUAUUCUCAUCUGUGUGAAUUCUCCUAAUGCCUUCUAAAGCAUCAGCAUUAAUCUCCAUCUACUGGUGAGAGCUGAACUCAGUUCAGUAAAAAGCUGCUCAGGACUCCAGUAGAGGCACUUGUUUUUUAGCUGAAUCAGUAUCUUUAUGAGCUUCCCAUUUUCCCCCCAUGAGGGAAAUAUGAGAUUUUGUUUGAUUUAACAUUGCACUCUCUUAUCCAUACUUAGGGACAAAGUCCUGACCUAGUCAGUUACACUGGGACUUGAAUUUCAGGUCUUCGGUUCAUCUCUAAUAGAUUAUGCACCGUGCCUCCAUGAAGUGAGCCAUAUCCCCAUUCUGCUUAGAAAAAAACAACGUGAGAGCAUCAGGGGAAGGGAGAGACACUCUUCAGGAUUCCCCUCUCUGACUUUUCCCUGUAUUGUUCCAUUGGGGUGAUACAGCCGGGCCCCUCAACCCAUGAGCAGAGGGUUCAGCCCCCAGAACCUGUGGAUCUCAGUGGGUAUUCUGUAAUCCUGGGCCUUGUCUCACGCCAGCUGUUUUGCAGCAUGACUCCAAUGAAGCCUUUUCAUCAAAUCCCACAUAGGGGGAAGGAUGAUCAGUGGCCCCCAUUAUAGCCUUCUCAUCUCUCCAUGUGUAGAUCCCCAAUACUGUGAAAAUUCUUUACAGAAGUCCAGGGAUGGACAGAACCAAUGCCAAUCCCUGCCCUCCCUGUAUGCAUGCGGAGAGAGAUCUGUACAGGAGAUGAUUGAGGACAGUGUGUCAGUCACAGUGCCAUGUUUUGGGGUAUUGUCACGUAUAGCCUUGUUUUGAAGGAAGAGUGUAGUUUGAGACGCUGUGAAAUAAUUGUCCUGACUGAAACCUUCACAGUCACAUAGCAUUUCUGAGAGUGAUAUUACUGAUUGGCUAAAGGUGGGAUUUUCACAAAGUCUCAGCAUUAGCUAGACUCUGCUUUCAGGGAAGUCAAUGGGCAUUUUAACAUUGACUUUAGUGGGAGCAAACUUAGAGCAACACUGAGCAACUUUGAAAUCCUACCUAACUGUUAAAUUUUUUAAGAUUUCAAAAUUUGGGUUUGUAUGUCUUUCAGGCUGUAGAAUGAGUUUUUCCUAACCCCGUGUUAUUGUUAAUUAUAUAUUUCUAGGCAAAGAAAUUUUAAACCAGUUAAAUAGCUUCUAAUUUUCCAUCCACAAUUAAUUGUGGGUUCAGUUCUACAGAACAAUCAGUUGUGCAACCCUCAAAUCAUAUUGGUAAGUAAAUGUCUAUAAUCUGUUUUAUGUGCAUGUAAUUGAUUGAGGGAACAAAACUUCAUGCAGGGAAACUAGAUUCUAGGUUGAGGCCCUUUUGAAAAUGUGUCCCUUUGUGUAAUAAAAACUUACAUUAGUAGCCCAUUUAGGAGCAAGGAGUCUACACAACUGCUGAUCCAUGGAAGCUUUGCCAUCCAUCCUCCCUGUCAAUACUAUUUCAAGGACUAUGGCAGUUCUGAGGGGUUUACAUAGGGGUUUCUGUCUUAGCAGAUGCUUAUUGUCACAUGGGGCACCAUGGGCUGACUACCCAAAAGGAGUUAGGUGCCUAAGUCUCCAGUUUUGGGAUCACGGCUAUGCCCAAUAUUCCCACUGAAACUCUGUAGGCACCUAAACUCACUGGACUCCCUAGGAGCCCAUGUUUCUGCCUCUGAGCACACACAGUGCUUCCUUCCCAUGGGCAACCGGACACCUAUUUCCUGCGUAAGCCCCAGAAUGAUACACAAACCAGGAGAAAACAAGCUUUCAGCGUUGAACUUGCCUGAGGGGUCCAAUCCAGUAGGCAUGCUCAAAGGCUGCCCACUGAAUCAGGCCCCCAUAGAUGGGCUUAUACAGAACAGCGAGAGGAAGCAGAGGAAAAGGACCUCUCAUGUAACUUUUAGCGCAGUGGUUAGGGUACUCCCCUGGGAGGUGGGAGAACGGGUUUGAACAGGGAUCUGCCACCUGUCAGGUGAGCCUGUGGGAUUUUAGCAGGGCCGGGGGUUUCAACCAAAAUAAUUAGGUGAAGUUACACAAAUUCAUUAAAUGUUUUGAUGUCGCUGAAUCUGCAUUUUUCACCAAAACAAGUUUAGGUUGAAAAAUUUUGCCCAGCUGUAGUUGAGAUGAAAAGUUCAAAUUAUGAACUAUAUCCCAGGUUUUACUACAGUAAAAUGUGCUCAACAGAAGCUAGUUUGUACAUUACUUAGGUCACUUUUAACAGGAUUCACAUUUAGAAUCCACUAACAGUAUUAGCCCUGGAACAACAGAAGUGAAAUUCAAGUAAAUUGAUAUUUGAUUCUGAUUGUGUAAAAUGCUGUUAUGUUUCUGUUAAAAUAAGGGAGCUACUUGGAUGUGGAGGGACACGUAUUGACUUUCAAAAAAUUACUGGAUUUUGUGCAAUAUUUUUCCUUUUUUUUAAAGUAAUUUAGUUCCAGCAAAUAUGCACAUCUGCUCUUCAAGCAGAUCCUUGAGAUCGUAUUUUUGGAACUGUAUAAAAUUACAUGUAGCAUUCUAAUAUGGUUGUAUGAUAAAAAUAUAAACAGUACAUUGUCACCUGGCAAAUGUGCAUCUCCAAAUGUGACUGGAAAUGAUUGUGUUUGUCAUGUUAUUGUACUAUAAUAAACCUGGUUUCAGCAAUGAUUAAUAAACAAAAAAGCAAAAGUAAUAAUGUCUAUAUUCUACUCACAGUAUGUUACAAGAACAUAGUGGGAGUCAUUUCUGUUUAUACAUUUAGAACUUCUGAUGCUUAGUUUAUCAUUUGAUUUUUUUUAACAAGUUAAGCAUCUAUUCUCAAUAUAAUCAAUAUAAUCAAUGCUAGAUAAUAAUUUAUGGUGGUUACUGUAUGUAUAUCCAGAAUCUAGUUUGUGACAGCCCUAAUUGUGAUAAAUCAUUGCUUAAAUCAAUUGUUGCCAGUACCUUUUAAUUUUUUGUAAAUUAAAUUAUGUAUUGAUGUACAUUUUGUUUUAACCUUAAAGCUUCUGUCGAGAACUGGUUUAAAUUAAUUUACUUGAAUGAGGCGAUAAAGCACUGUGGAAUAGUUAGUUUUGGAUGCAACACACAAAGAAGCAUAUAUUGUGUUAAUUCACCAUUUUGUUCAGGAGAAGAUAAGUAAAAAUGUUUCAUUUGUUCAAGGAAAUAACUGUUUUUUUUAAUCUGUGUCUGAAAGAGAGCAGGAAAAAGCAUCAGCAUUGAACAAAGAGUAAUAACCUAUCCUGGCAUUAUUCCUAAACUUUUUUCAGAGCUUUUUUUAUCCAUCUUUGGAAAAAGUCUUUAUAAAGCUCUUAUGGGCCAGUAGGGACAUCUUUAAUUACUUACAGGAAAUAACAUGAAGUCCAGGAUGUUUUGAGAUGUAAUGUUUUUAUUGAUCCUUUUAAUAAUCACAGAGGUAUUUAAAUAAAUUGUUAACACUGUGUUCUAACAUGUUUAUAAAUAGGAUCAGUCACUGGCUUUUAUUAAAACUGCCACCAAAUUUAGGACUUUACUCUGUGCUGUUGCACACUUUAGCCUACAGUCAUAUGAAGUCAUCUCCAGAAUUACAGACCAGACCUUAGACUACUACCAGUAGCACACUGUAUAUGUACAAUAAAUUGUGUUUUUUCCAAGUGAUAAUGUCAGUGCAAAAUUUUUGGUGAACUCCACAUUACCAUAAAGUGCCCCACAUUGUGUUAUACAAUAAAAUGUACCAAAAUCAAA